GGGCCGGAGUGAGGAGCGGCGCUGCCCCGGGCACGGCGCGUCCCCCGGCGGGAUGCGGCGCGGCGGCGGCGGCGGGAACGGCACGGAGGGCGAGCCCGAGUGGCCGUGGCCGUGGCCGCCCUGCGACGAGCGGCUGUGCCUGGCGCUACCCAUGUGGGUGCUCGUUCCCAUCACGGCCGUCUGCCUGGGGCUCUUCGUGGUCGGCGUGGCGGGCAAUGUCCUCACGGUGCUGGUCAUCCGCAGCUACCGCGACAUGAAGACCACCACCAACCUCUACCUGGGCAGCAUGGCCGUCUCGGACCUGCUCAUCCUCAUGGGGCUGCCCUUCGACCUCUACCGCCUCUGGCGCUCCCGGCCCUGGAUCUUCGGGCAGCUGCUGUGCCGGCUCUCGCACUACCUCAGCGAGGGCUGCACCUACUGCACCAUCCUCCACAUCACCGCCCUCACCGUGGAGCGCUACCUCGCCAUCUGCUUCCCCCUCAAGGCCAAGGUGGUCGUCACCAAGCGCCGGGUGAAAGCCACCAUCGGCGUCCUUUGGGCCUUUGCCUUGCUCUCCGCCAGCCCCUUCUUCUUCCUGGUCGGCGUGGAGCAGCCCGACAACCACACUGACUUCAGCCGCGAGUGCAAGCCCACCCCGCAGGCGCUGCAGUCCGGCCUGCUGGCCACCAUGUUCUGGGUCACCACCUGCUACUUCGUGCUGCCCGUCACCUGCCUCAGCGUCCUCUACGGCUGCAUCGGCCGAGAGCUGUGGCGGAGCAACACCCGCCUGCGGGGCCCCAGCUCGCUCCUCCGGGAGAAGGGGCACCGCCAGACCGUCAGGAUCUUGGAAGCUGUCUGUGACAAAUAUCUCUGCCAAAGGGCUCAUCCAGGCUGCCAGGCAUUGGUGAGGAGCCAGAUGCUUUGACCACAGCCUGUCCCUGUCAGCCAUGAGCCUGUAUGAGCUCACACUGAAGUUGUUUAAAGUUUUAACAGCACCUCUAUAUGAGCUAAUCUUAAAAAAAGAUUAACCCUUAAGAAGGGCUGGGUCAAUUUUUUCCCAAGAUAUGAAGGCCAUGUAAAGCCCUUGCACAGGUUCCAUCGCUCCCCAUAGCCCCUCAUGGACACUGUCCUCGGGCCCCCAGGCAGGGCAGGAGAGGAAAUUCAGGGUUUUCCCUCAACCCCAGCAUGUCCACUGCAUGCAACCAGGGAUGUGUCCACAAGGUCAACCUUCAGUGUGGGCUGAAGUCAGGUGUCCUAAACCUGAAACUCCAACAAAUACCACUGUCCUUAGCGAAGAGCCCAAACUCAGCACAGUGAACCAGCCUGAGAUGCAUCAUCUGGCAAUCACUAAAACCAGUAUGAAGUGACAGGAAUGCAAGCUAGAAGGAAUGAAAUGGGAGAACCACCACCCAGUGUUGCAACAUGGGUAAUCAAAUCCCUGUGGUGCAGUUGCUGUAUCAGAGGUGACAGCUACCCUGGCCAGAGUAAGAGAGAAAAGGCAGCGAAAGGAUAAAAGUAACCUUUUUUCCCCUCCAGAACUUAUUUAACAUCAUCCCAUAUGACAAGGAGCAGCAUUUCACUGCAGCAAAAGCAAGUCAGCUCUGUGUCAGUGCUCUCAGCUGUGGUGUCAUCUCACAGAGCCCGUGACAGUUCCAUAAAACUGUUGUUGUAUCAGGGGUAUCCAAGCACAAUAGGACUCUGCAAGUGGGUUCAAUCCCUGUUUGGGCCAUUCACUUAAGGGUUAGACUUGAUGAUCCCUGUUGGGUGCCUUUCAGCUCAGAGUACUCUGUGUAAUUCUGUGUAAUGUUUCUGCUCUCUGAAGCUUUGCAGAAGUUGCAAAACAAUGUCAGGAAACCUUGAAAGCAACAAAAAUGACCUGGCGUCUGCUAUAAAUCAAGGAUACCACCACUGCCCAGCUUGCAGCUAAACUGAUUAUAAAGGGAAGCAUAUGCCAAACAAAUGUGUGGCUCCUGUGCAACAAAUUUUCCCCAUCUUAAAAAGGAAAUCAGUUCCCUAAUUUGAGUAUAGAUCUGCUUUUUGUCUGUGCUGCACAAAUACACCCCAAAGACAAGUUGUGUUUCAAACAACUGUGGAAGCACAAGCUGUCCACAACCACAGAAGAGGAGGAAUGUAGAGAGAGGCUGAGUUUCCCCCUCUCCUACAGCAGCUGAGCACAGCAUAGGGAACAUUCUCUUAUUCAAGGGUUUCAAUUCUGCCAAGUCAGGCAGCAUUCCCAGCCCUGGACUUCAUUUGAGGCUUGUAGGCAAUACCUCUUUAUGGAUUCCAACAGACCUCAGCAGAGCCUGCUGGACUGAGCUGGACAAGCCAUAUCUGUGCCAGGGAAUCAUCUCAUCCACCUGCCCACAGCAUUCUGCUCCUCCAGAGCAAGCCUGUGAGAUAAGGCAGCUGAGACAAGGGAAGCUGCUUCUACAGAGUGGUAGGCGAAUUUUCUGGCCUCUGAGAAGUUACCACAAAGAUGCAGAAGGGACAGACUCAGAACAAAGAAAUGUUUGCUCCUUCCCAUGCUGCCUGUUGUGAAGGGAGACCUCUCCUGCAGAGCCUGGGGACUAGAAAGAAGCAGGGAAGGAUGGACAUGGCUGAAAAUAGCCUUGGCUGAGACAAGCCUGAGAAGGGCAAAGAAAAACAUGAAAAAGCAGCAGGAGUUGGUCCCAUGGAGCAGAACCCCCUACCACACAUAUACCACGCUCAGAUCCAUUUCUUCCCCAUUAACACUUCCCUCCGUAUGUAUUUUCCUUUCACUAACUGAUUUAGUCUUCAGUCCAUUUUACAGCUGUUGGUGAGAAACUACAGCUCAUCAGGAGCUUGUAAUAGCCAGAGUCCUCACUUUCAUUUGGUUUCCUUCUUCUCAGACAUCUCUUGCUUUGUGAAGUGCAGGAGUAAUAUGCCUCUAUGUGGAAAUGUCAAAUGUAUUACAUUUUAGUCUGGGCUCUAGGAAUAAUGCA